CCCGCCUCCCUCGCCCCGCCUCCGUCCUCAAAACAACCGUUGGUCGCGUGCGCGACUUCCUCGCAGUCAGGAAGCGCAUGCGUACACCGGGCGGUGGCGGCGUCUCAUUCAAACGACCCAAUCAGUGGCUGCCCCGCCUCUGGUCCCUUUUUUCUUCGCUCUCGGAUCUCUGGGUUUCUCCACUCUUUGUUUGCGAAGAGAGGGGCAAGCGCGUCCACCGCCGAGGAACGUACGCGCUGACGUUUACGUCGAGGCGCGCCGCGGGGGUGUGGCCUAAGGGCGGCUAUAAAAACACCGCAGUACGCGGCCAGCUCAGUGCGGCCGGGUACCGAGGAGGGUCGAGUGUCCUGUUGUGUGUUCCGUACUGGGUACGGGACGGGCGCGGAGCCAGAAGAGAAGGAAGAGGGGCUUUCCAGGCCUCGUCAGGGUCGAGCUGCCGCAGUUGGGCCCCCCGCCCCGGCCGGCGGCCCGAAGAACGCAGGAAGGGGGUCGGGGGGACCCGCCCCCGGCCGGCCGCCGCCAUGAACUCCAACGUGGAGAACCUGCCACCCCACAUCAUCCGCUUGGUGUACAAGGAGGUGACAACGCUGACAGCCGACCCACCGGAUGGCAUCAAGGUCUUUCCCAACGAGGAGGACCUCACAGACCUGCAGGUCACCAUCGAGGGCCCUGAGGGCACCCCAUAUGCUGGAGGUUUGUUCCGCAUGAAACUCCUGCUGGGGAAGGACUUCCCUGCCUCCCCACCUAAGGGCUACUUCCUGACCAAGAUCUUCCACCCAAACGUGGGCGCCAAUGGUGAGAUCUGCGUCAACGUGCUCAAGCGGGACUGGAAGGCCGAACUUGGCAUCCGGCAUGUGCUGCUGACCAUCAAGUGCCUGCUGAUCCACCCAAACCCCGAGUCUGCACUCAAUGAGGAGGCAGGCCGCCUGCUGCUGGAGAACUACGAGGAGUACGCAGCACGCGCCCGCCUGCUCACCGAGAUCCACGGUGGCGCAGGUGGGCCCAGUGCCAGGAUCCCUGCUGGGGCCACUGCAGCUGCCUCGGCAGACCCUGCCACCAUGGGUGGGGCUGAGGGUCCCAUGGCCAAGAAACACGCAGGGGAGCGGGAUAAGAAGCUGGCAGCCAAGAAAAAGACGGACAAGAAGCGGGCCCUGCGACGGCUGUAGGCCCUCCUGUUGCCCUUGUCCUCCUUCCUUGUCUCUAAAUUAUUUAAAUUAUGGCUGGGUGGGCUGGGGGGUACUGGGGUCUGGAUUUGGUUUUCUAAAUAAAGUUGGAAAAGCA